UCAAAUUCCAAUCCUCCCCAGCGGCGCCUCCCGAAGCACCAACAGGUUCUCUUUCCGAGAAUUUGAGAUGGUUCAAGGAAUCGGUACUCGACUCUUUGUGAGCAGAUUAUCGUUCUUCACAACAGAUAGCCACCUCAGAAAUCUUUUUUCCCCAUUCGGAAUAAUUACAGAAGCUUUUCUAGUGAUGGACCCAAAAACUCAAAGGCCCAAAGGAUUUGGCUUUGUCUCCUACGAGUCAGAAAUUGAAGCAGAGAAGGCUAUGAACGCCAUGAAUGGCAGGAUAAUUGAUGGAAGGCUGAUUUUCGUAGAACCUGCCAAAGCUUCAAGACCUAACAAUGAUGCUUAGUGAUAUAAAAGAUAUCAUGUGAAAGCAGUAGAGAAUAAUCUUGUAGAUAUAGUAUGCUUAGAAAUGGAGUUUUGACAGACAACUAAACGUGUUUGGUUUUGCAUUUGAAACCACCUGUUUCUACCAAAAUCAUUGUUUCAGUAGUUUCACAGUAAGCAUUAUUCUAGGUGGUGCCUGACUCUGAAAGUUUCACAUCGUAAUUAAAAUAACGGGAGCUCAGGUGGCCUUUCCACUGAGUUUCCAUGGUUUUCAGCUAUGAUGUGAAUGCCGUCCAAUUGGGCUUUUGUUAUUUUAAUUCAUAUAGAUGAUGUAAUUUAAUUAUUGAAAUCUCUUCCAAUAGUUUUUCAAGAUUUUCAAAUACGAUAUGAAUGGUCAUUGAAAAUAAAGAGGAGGAGAGUACUCUCUCUCGUGUCUAUGUCA